AUGGCAAAUGCGGAGGAUAUCGCUUAUUAUACACGAGUAUUGCAAAAUAAUAAUGGAGUGCGUAUUGUAACAUGGAUGUUUGGAAUUAUUGCCAUUCCAUCGAAUUUGAUCAUCAUUCUAUGGAUAGCAUAUAAUUACUGUCAAAAUGGCUUGCUUCAUCGGUAUUUCAGACAUCGUAACAGCUUUAACUUAAAUCCUUCUUUCGCAUUUUUGCUAUUUAACUUAGCGGUAUCGGAUCUCCUUGGCGGAAGCUACCUUCUAAUCUUAGCUAUCAGCGACGCUACAUAUACUAUAUCGCAAAAUUUCAGUAAUAUUAGCUAUUUACGAAUUCAUCCUUCUGUUGAUACUUGGAUUAUUAGUCCAACCUGUUCCGUAGAAAGAUUCUUAGCUCAAACAUCCCUUAUUAUUUCUAUUUUAAUAACCUUUGUUAUAACCCUUGACCGCUAUUUAGCCGUUUUUUAUUCAGCAUCAACUCGGUAUCGAAUUUCAGUAUUUCAAGCACAAGUCACAUUGGCUGUAUUCUGGACUAUUGGAAUAAUCCUUGCCAUAUUAGGCGCAGUUGAUAGCUAUAGCAUUUCUUUAAAGAAACCCGGCCAUUAUAGUAUUCUUGGACACUUAUGUCAAUUAGAAGGAUCGAGCACAUUUAUCAUUAAUGCUCUAACAUACCUCGAUAUGACUGUCGGUAUUGGAGUCAAUAUUGUGAUUGCUAUACUUUAUAUCGCUAUAUUAAUCCGAUUAAAAAGACAUCGACAAAGCAUACAGCGACGUAAAUCACCUAUUGAACGUCAUAUUCAAGUUAUAACUGCAUGGAUUAUUAUUACUAGCGUAGUAACGUGGAUACCGGUUAUCGUGUGGGUAAUUAUUCAACGCGCUAUGACUCCAGUAGAAUUUGAUGAUCGAGAAAAUUUCCUCUUGCCGAUACUUGUCAUCAUGUUGUAUUCUAAUACGGCGCUUAAUCCGCUUAUUCCUGUCAUCAUUAAAAUACUAGUUACUUCACGGCUGCAUAAUUUAUUUACCUCAAGAACUGACGUUACACCUAGCCAGUCAAGGGAUAAAAUGAACGUUGUUGUUAUAACUACUACAAUUAUUCCCAAAGUUAUUGCGUCGGACUCGGCCAAUGUCUGA